AUGUCCGAUCCACUCUCGAUAGCGGCCUCUGUCGCUGGCGUCGUCUCACUGUCAGCAGCCGUCUUCCAGCAGGUCACCAAAUUUGCCAAAGAGGCAAAAAAUGCUGAGAAAAAUGUCAAAGAGCUCGCGAGCCAGACUCGAAAUCUCUCCGGCGUCCUGCAGAACCUUGCGCUACUGGCAUCCUCUCUAGAGGAUCAAGAUUCGGCUACCACUUUCAGGGCGCACCAUCUGUACGCAUGUAGCAAUACACUUUACAAGAUAGAAGAACGCCUGAAGAAGGCAGAAGACGACUUUCAAACCGGUAACAAAGCAAAAGCUGUUAUCCGCAGUCUGAGAUGGCCAUUCUCUGCCGACGAGACGAAGUCUUUGAUAGCGGACUUAGCUACUCAUCGAAGCACUCUUGAGCUGGCUCUUUCGGCGGAAACCCUUGAUAAACUACUGCAAUCUUUGGCGAUCCAGAAUGAACUCAAGGUCGGUCUUGACAUUUUGUCGCGCAAAGUCGACCGUAUCAAGGAAGUUCAAAGCCGUGUGGAAAUUGAUGAUCGACGGCGAAAGGUCAUCGAUUUCUUUUUGAAGGUCAAUCCGCAGCCGAACUUCCAGACCGCAAUGCGUCUGCGACAGCCUUUAACCGGUCUAUGGCUCACAGAAAGCAACCAAAACUACCUGAAAUGGCGGGACAUCCCAAGCUCCUCGCUCUGGCUUAGCGGUAUCCCUGGAGCUGGGAAGACCGUUCUCUGCGGUGUCGUCAUCGACGAAAUCCUUCAAAUGAGCGACGAGUCAACCGCAGUCGCCUUCCAAUUUUGUGACUAUAAGAAUGAUGACAGCCAAAAACUGGUCAACAUCCUUUGUGUCAUCGCUGUUCAGCUAUCUCAGCAGAAUGAAGAGGCCUUUUCUCUACUUGAGGAUCAGUUUGCACUUUUGAAUCCUAGCGGGGGGCUCUCCAAGGAACCAGAAAUAGAAGCUCUUGUGGCUCUGAUUCAAAAGCUUUCAUCUCUCUUUCACAGGGUCUUCCUCAUUGUUGAUGGUGUCGAUGAAUGCGGUACUAGCAUGGGUAAAGUUGCGGCAGAGCUAAGAAGGCUUUCGGAAGUUUGCCGCUCGCUCAGCCUUGCCAUAUUCAGCCGAGACGAACAGGAAAUUAACGAGGAACUAUCCGAAACCUCGAUGCACAUCGAGAUUGCGGCGCAUUCGAAGGAUAUUGACCUUUAUGUCUGCGCGGAGAUGGGUAAACGAAGACAGCUGAAGAAGAUCAGACUCCAAAGUCCGGAUCUGGCGGAAGAAAUCAGAGAAAAGCUUGUCAAUGGAGCACAAGGAAUGUUCCGUUGGGUCGCCUGUCAACUUGACUAUCUGUGCGAGCUUACGACAAACCGCGCUCGUCGAAAAGCACUAUCCUCCUUGCCCCCGACACUCCCGGAAACAUACCAUAGAAUCCUGCUCAGGAUCCUGCAGGCAGGUCCAGAGGUUGCAAAGCUUGUCCGGAAAUCCCUUCACUGGAUAUCUCUCGACAGAUUCCUCUCGUUGAACGAACUACGCGAAGCUGUGUCCAUCCCUGAGUCAAUUACAUCUGACUUCAGCCACGAGGAUUGGGUUGAUACCGAUCGCAUCGUCGAAGAAUGCCGCAGUUUCAUACGAAAACGGCGUGAAAAGAGGCAGCGAAAUCAGGCAGAGGAUUACAUCGAGUUUGCACAUUUCACUGUUGAGGAGUAUCUGAGAAGCAUUGACCCAGACUCUGACGUGGGAAUCUUCAAGCUUGUCAGUGACACCGCUUCGAUUGAGCUGUCUAUGACUUGUCUCCGCUCCGUGCUGAUGACAAGAGUCAACUUCGAGUACUCAAAUCUCGGCGAAGUCAGUUUUCUAAAGUACAUUACUGGAAUCUUCAACUCAAGUCCAUUCUAUUUCUAUUCGCUUGGCAUAUUCGGUCGGGCACCAUUUCCUAUGAUUUCCCGGUUCGACGUUAUAUGGACCUACAUCGAAGACUCCGAGCUUUUCGAACGAUUGAGAACAUUGUUCGACUCCAAGAAACGCGCCCCAUUUGUUGCCCUUGCAUUUGGCGCACUCUUUGGCAGAACCACUUGUGAUCCCGCAUACUUUGACGCCCAAUUCUGGGAGGGCUAUAUGCAGGCAAAUGGUCAAGUUGACAAGACGCUCCAUCAAACCCUUCAGCUUCUGUCAUUGAUAGUUUUACCGGAGUUUACAACCUUGAAGUUUGCAGCAGUGCUGACAGCGCCAAGACUGUGCUUGGCCCUCUUGAAAGAACCACUUUCUGUAUCCAAUGACACGCUCCAAUCGACUUUGUGCUGCGCUCUUCAGGGACAUAACAUUUUCAGCCCGAAAAAUCUGGUAGCAGAUGGAUUCUGCCAAGUGUAUGGUGGAAGGGGCAAUCAAGAGCUCCUGAAGAGAACGAUUACCCAGUUGUCAAACUUCAAGACUACUUCCAAGAUUGCAGCCGCGAAAGAAACCGAGUGGCCACAGAAAGAGUGGGAAUCGCCUUUGUCAUACGCGAUAACUUACGUCAAGUUCUGGCUGAUCCAAGUCCGAGGCAUGAAAUUGGCCGCCGAAUUCUAG